GGGAUAAAGAUUCCAAUAUUAUUAGUAUCCAUUUGAGAUUCAAAUUCAAACGGCACUUUCAGAUUUGAGAAGGAGAUGGAGAAGAUCUGCGUAGCAGUCAGAGUGAGGCCACCGACGCCGGAAUCUUCAUCGGAAAACGGAUCUUCUCUCUGGAAAGUUGACGACAAUCGAAUCUCUCUCUACAAGUCUCUCGACACCCCAAUCUCUACCGCUUCUUACGCUUUCGAUCACGUGUUCGACGAAAGGUCUACGAAUGCCUGCGUCUACGAGCUUCUCACCAAGGAGAUCAUUGAAGCAGCCGUUGAGGGUUUCAAUGGUACUGCGUUUGCUUAUGGGCAAACUAGUAGUGGAAAGACCUUUACAAUGACGGGUUCUGAGACUGAUCCGGGGAUUAUUCGCAGAUCUGUGAGGGAUGUAUUUGAAAGAAUACAAAUGAUAUCUGAUCGUGAGUUUCUCAUCCGAGUUUCUUACAUGGAGAUUUAUAAUGAAGAGAUCAAUGAUCUUUUAGCUGUUGAGAACCAGAGACUGCAAAUCCAUGAACAUUUGGAGCGUGGAGUCUUUGUUGCUGGCCUUAAGGAAGAAAUUGUCAGUGACGCUGAACAGAUUCUGAAGCUUUUAGAUUCUGGAGAAGUUAAUAGGCACUUUGGGGAGACUAACAUGAACGUUCACAGUAGCAGAUCCCACACCAUCUUCAGAAUGGUGAUUGAGAGCAGGGGAAAAGAAAAUAACUCUUCUGAUGCGAUCCGUGUCUCAGUCUUGAAUUUGGUUGACUUGGCUGGAUCUGAGCGAAUUGCUAAAACUGGUGCUGGUGGAGUUCGCUUGACAGAAGGAAAGUAUAUUAAUAAGAGCUUAAUGAUUCUUGGGAACGUCAUCAAUAAGCUAAGUGAGAGUGCAAAGCUAAGGGCACAUAUUCCAUACCGAGACAGUAAGCUGACUCGAAUUCUUCAGCCUGCGCUUGGUGGUAAUGCAAAGACUUGCAUCAUAUGCACUAUCGCACCAGAAGAGCAUCAUAUUGAGGAAUCAAAAGGAACUCUCCAAUUUGCAAGCAGAGCCAAGCGCAUCACCAACUGUGCUCAAGUGAAUGAGAUCUUGACUGAUGCUGCUUUAUUGAAGCGCCAAAAGUUAGAGAUAGAAGAGUUACGUAUGAAGCUUCAGGGAUCCCAUGCUGAAGUGUUGGAACAAGAGAUAUUGAAGUUAAGCAAUCAGAUGCUCAAGUAUGAGUUAGAAUGUGAAAGGCUAAAAACACAAGUGGAGGAAGAGAGAAGGAAACAAAAGGAGCAGGAGCAGUGCAUUAAGGAUCAACAGUUGAAAAUUGAGAACUUAAAGAAUCUUGUCACUAAUUCAGACUUCAAGAGGAAUCAGUCAGAGGACUAUAUCAGUUUAAGAAAGAUACCAGAAGGGUUAUGCAAUGUCAACGAUAGCAGCGAUGUUCCUGGGACUCCUUGCUUUAAAUCAGCUGAGCAUUCCUUUGUGGUUGCUCGGUCAAAUUAUGCAGGACUGUCUGAUUUUAGUCCGAUGGUUCAUUCAUUUGGAGACAUGGCCGAUGAAGACACUUGGACGAAGCUAAACAAAGGUUUUGUUGCAGACCUUGAUAAACUCCAGUUUACACCUGCAGUUAGAAGUCAACCCACUCCAUUAACUACUGCAACCAUGGAAUCCUCGCUUGAAGAUAACAAAGAGGUGGAAAAACUCAAAAGUCAGAUUGAGUUGCUGACUAAUGAGAAGGACAGUCUGCAGGUUAAAUUCAACGAACAAGUAGUUCUGAACAACAAACUUAUGGAAGGGAUCUCUGAGCUCAAACAAGAAACGCUUCACAUGAAAGCAAUUCCAAAACGGUUAUUCGAGUCACUUGCUAAGUGCAAGGAUGUCUACAAGGAUGUUAUAGUCACAAUGAAGAGCUUAAUGUCUGAGAAGGAAUCUCCAACAGGAAAGCUUCUAUUUGGGGCAACUGAAAUCACAACGAGCCUUCUUUCAACUCUGGAAUCACAAUUCUCAUUGAUUUUAGAUGGUCAGAGAGCGGGUAGCAUCGUAGUUCAUCCUUUAUCUGAUCAAUGGGAAACACUCCGUGUGAGUCUGAAGAACACGACCACGUCGUUGGUGUCAGAAACACAAGCAAAAGAUGAGUUUCUGAACUGCCACAACAAGGUAGCUUCCUUGUCACAAUCGUCAACAUAUGGAUCAAUUUUGUUCAUCUUUUCAGCACUUUUGGUAGGAUACUUUGCCUCUCUUAUCAGGGCUUUAGUCCAGUGAACGCCUAUGUAUAUUUUAUAAAUCUAAUAAAUGGCAAUCUUUCU